AUGUAUUUUUCUUCCCACUAAAAUAAAAAUGAUUUGAAUGGGCAUAACGCAGAAAAUGAGGAUGAACAAGGGACAGAAGGAGGAAGAAGGAACAAGUGAGAAAAUGGAGCACCAUGGCCUAAUCAACCACCACUAACCACCAAGAACAACAAGGAGCCAAACAAAUAAAAAUAAAAGAGAUAAAGAGAUUAAUAAACAAAAAAGUGAAUAAGAGAGAUUGAAUUAAACCAUUCACUCCUCUCACCGUUGAUCCACCGCUCACCAGAUCUCACCAUGAACGAUUUCGACGGUUUAUUAGGCACUGAAUUCGGCUUAAAACCACAGGGCAAAUCUGCACCAAUGUCAUCCAAAGGAUCUUCCAAUUUCACAAAAACUUCCUCCCUCAACUUCGAAUCACCUUCCCGAUCCUCUCCUUCUUCUAAUCAAGAUUCCGCUCCCUUCUCCGAUCUCUUCAAUUUAGAUUCUGCUUCAAAAUCCGUUAACUCGCCUGUUUACGAUAAACCUGUUUACGACGACGACAUUUUCGACGGCGUCAAGACUUCCUCCAAGGUAUCACACCACGAUGGAAGCGCCGCCGCGUUUGAUGAUCUUCUCGGCGGAUUCGGUCGUUCCAAGAAAUCGGAGAAGAAGAACGAGAAAACCGUUGCUGAUUUUGAUGAUUUGAUCCCUGGAUUUGGGAACAGCCCACUCCUGAUAUUGGUUCAUCAUCAGAAUCUACUUUCAGUGCAUCUAAAACAACCUCCAAUGCAACAGAAGACCCUUUCAAAAUAUUUGAAUCAGCUUCAUCUCCAACUGUUUCAUCAUCCUCAGGCCACUUUGCAGACCCAUUGGGAGAAAUUAAUAAAUUUACUAGUUCUAGAAGCACAAAAAAUAAUAGUUCAUCACAUUCUAAUGGUGGAGUAUACGAUGAUACUGAUCCUUUUGAUGGACUUGGAAAUUCAGCACCAUCAUUUUCAUCAGAGAGGAAUAGAUGGUACCAAUUCCCCAACACCGAGGUCAAACACAAGUUCAAGUUGGACUAGAGAUAAAGAAUCAAUUGAAAAAUCAUCUACGAGGAGUCCUGAUAGACAGACACAAAACAAGAUUCCUGUUGAACAUGAUCAGGAGUUUCAUCAAACUCCAUAUAGCAUGCCUACAUAUUCAUCUGAUUCUAAUAGACCGGUAGUUGGCCGAAGGCCUACCUCCCCUUCAAAUUUUAAUGAUGGUUUCAGACAGGUCAAUGCUCGGGCAGAUAUGGCGCCAAAAUAUGAAGAAAAGUUUGUCUCAAAUGGUGAUAUAUGGCUGACGGUAUCGGAGGUUCCUCUUUUUACACAACCAACUACUGCUCCACCACCUUCAAGACCACCUCCUCCCCGACCAGUUCAUAUCCCCAAGUCAGGAACAGGUUCACCAGCUUUUGCCAAUGUCAGGAAGAAGGACAAUGAAUUUUCUUCUUCUUUCCCAAGUUCCGGUCAAUUUUCUCAGGGUCCUAAAUCUGCUCCAGCUGCAGCCAAGUUAUCUUCCUCGUCACAGUUUGACGAACUUGAAAACUUUGCCAUGGGCAGGAGCCGUGGUCAUGAUGGUGAACGUGAAAAUGGUGUUCCCGAUGAAGAAUUAGAGAUGAACUCAGCUUCUGCAGCUAUGAAGGAAGCUAUGGAGAGAGCUGAAGCUAAAUUUAGGCAUGUAAAGGAAGUUAGGGGGAGAGAGAAUACAAAAAAUUCUAGAAGCAAAGAAGCCGUGCAUUUGGAGAAAGAUGACAGAGCUGUGCUAGAGGAGAGAGGGAAGUUAGACCAUGAGCGGCAGCAAAAGGAGAUGGAGGAAAUGGAGCAAAGAAGAAUUGAGAGGGAAAGGGAGAAGAAAGAAAGGGAAAAGCGUGAAAGAGCAGCUGCUGAAGCUCGUCAAAGAGCUGAGAAGGCUGCUGUUGACAAAGCUAAUGCAGAAGCUAGAGUGCGUGCUGAAAGGGCUGCUGUUCAGAGGGCACAAGCUGAAGCCCGUGAAAGGGCUGCUGCUGAGGCAAAGGUAAGGGCUGAAAAGGCUGCUGCAGGGGCAAAGGAGAGAGAAGCAGGAGAACGAACUGCAGCGGCAAGGGCUGAAGCUGAAGUAAGAGUUAAAGCAGAACGUGCUGCUGUUGAAAGAGCUGCUGCGGAGGCUCGAGAAAGAGCUGCAGCUGCUGCAAGGAUGUACCAGCAAAAAAAUGAAAAUGAUCUUGAAUCAUUCUUCAGCAUGGGUGGACGAGCUAACAGUGCUCCAAGGCCUCCUAGGUCUAGCUCUUCUGAUUCUGUUUUUGAUGCCCAAUUUCAACCAAAUGUAACCCGGAAAUCUACAAGCGUGUCUUCAAACAUAAAGAAGGCAUCAUCAUCAACUAAUAUUGUGGAUGAUCUUUCCUCAAUUUUCAGAGCUUCUCCCUCAGCUGGAGAUUUUCUGGAAGUUGAAGGGGAAAGUGAAGAAAGACGAAAAGCCAGGUUGGAACGCCACCAGAGGGCUCAGGAGCGUGCUGCAAAAGCAUUGGCUGAGAAGAAUCAACGUGACCUACAGAUUCAAAGAGAGCAGUCUGAGAGACAUAGGCUUGCGGAAACACUGGAUUUUGAAGUUAAGCGCUGGGCUGCAGGCAAAGAGGGGAAUUUGCGUGCUUUACUCUCCAACUUACAAUAUGUGUUAUGGCCUGAAUGUGGUUGGCAGCCAGUUUCUUUGACUGAUCUUAUUACAGCCGCUGCUGUUAAAAAGGCUUAUAGGAAAGCUACAUUGUGCAUUCAUCCUGAUAAAGUGCAGCAGAAGGGUGCCACUCUUCAACAGAAAUAUAUUGCAGAGAAGGUGUUUGAUCUAUUAAAGGAAGCAUGGAAUAAGUUAAACUCAGAGGAGCUUUUUUAAUCUCUGAUGAACUUCACAACUUCAGGGUAGUUUGUCUAUGGACAGCCGAUUCCAUUUGGGGGAACAACAGCCCUAUUUUAGCCACCUCUUCCAUUGUCUAAAUUGUUUUGAUUGAAGUUAUAUUGCACCGAUGGUGAAAAGUUGAUUUCCUUGUUUGGUAUGAGAAUGCCUUAAGGUUAUAUUGGGGAGUAAUAUAAGCUAUUAUGGGGGGAUGUUGGGUUUAUAUGGAUGCAUAAGAAUGUUGCACGUUUUGUUGUAAAAUAUAUUUUUGUGGGCGUCUAAGUCAAUUUAAUUCAUUAUUUCUGUAGAGUGAAAAGCUCAUGAGAGAUCUUUUUUGUUUUUUCCUUUCAAUUUUACAUUUUUACUAUUUGUCUAUUUGUGCUUUAGUACAAUCUCAAUGUAUAAUUGUAUAUUAUACCCUCUUGUAAAUGGACAUUACAAUGUGGUAACGUUCUAGUGUAAUUGAGCUGACGUUCCAUGGACCUUAUCCAUCCUCUUAAGCUAAAUUUUACUGUUGAUUUUUUUACGAA